AUGAUCGUGGGUCAAAUUGCAUUUGGCGCGCUGGCUGAUACAUGGGGUCGGCAUACCAUCUAUGGCAAGGAACUGAUGCUGACAUUGUUUGGAACAUUGAUGGUCAUCUUGCUGCCUUGGAAGAACUUUUCAGCCUCCGCCGUUACGACAUGGGUAUCAGUCUUUCGCGUCAUCACAGGAAUCGGAAUUGGAGCUGACUAUCCACUAUCUUCGUCCCUCGCAGCUGAAAAGAAUCCAUUCGGCACUCGUGCCAAACAAGUCUUGAUGGUAUUCUCAAACAUCGGCCUGGGAAGUUUCACAUCGGGCAUUGUUUUCCUCAUUCUGCUUAAAGCUUUUGAAGGCUCCGUCGCAGAAAAUCAAAAGCACCCACUACUCCUAUAG